GUUCAUCGCUGACAUUCUCCCUGCCAGGCAUUCCAACUCCGUGAGGUAAUGGGCUACAAGCAUACGGGCCUUCGCUUUAAUUCUUUCAGCGUAUCCUUCCGCAUGGGUAGAGCGAGGGGAACGCCUCCAGGAAAAGAAAUUAAAUGAACACAGACAGAGGCAGAGAGAGACGGGCGAUUUGAAAAUAUUCCCGAGAACGCAGUUUGUGCUCAUGCAGCACAGCGUCACAGCGAAGAGGCUGCCUGAAGAGCUGGCUGGCACAGGUUUAUUUUGUUAGAAUAUUUUCUUCCACCCCCAGCUCUUUACCCAGUGGAAUGAUAUCCAGAGCAAGUUUUUUGAGACAGGAAGUGAGGAAUGUUUUCACUAUGAGUGAUCUGAGAAGAAGGUGGGUUAGCAGAGAUAGCAGCUGUUUCAGACAAGAGGAACACAGUAAGCAGUUCCCGAGGAAUACGGAUGAGAUGGCUCCGGGAGAAAAAGUCUUGGAGUGCUCCAGGGGUUUUUUUGUUACACGUAUUUGAAAGGAGACUCGGUGUCUUUGGAUCGCCACACAAGGAUUCCAGUGGAUGCCCCUUCUGAUAGUCUCUUGGUGGGAAGCUUGCUUGUCUUUAAUGGAUACUGCUGCUGCUGCUGGUUGAUCUCUGGAGACUUUACAGCUCCUUACGUUUUGAAAGGAGAUAGCUACCUGUCUCCUCUCAAGGUCCUGUUGGUAGUAGCUUUUUAACAGUAACCAUCUGUGAGCAAAAAAGAAAAUGCCUCUACCUUUUGGGUUAAAAUUGAAAAGAACUCGACGUUACACAGUAUCCAGCAAGAGCUGCUUGGUGGCUCGUAUCCAGCUUCUCAACAACGAAUUUGUGGAGUUCACGCUGUCGGUGGAAAGCACGGGCCAAGAAAGUCUGGAAGCUGUGGCUCAGAGGCUUGAAUUGCGUGAGAUUACUUAUUUCAGUCUGUGGUAUUAUAAUAAGCAGAAUCAGCGCAGAUGGGUAGAUUUGGACAAGCCUUUGAAAAAACAGCUGGACAAAUAUGCCUUGGAGCCAACAGUGUAUUUUGGAGUAGUGUUCUAUGUGCCCACUGUUUCUCAGCUUCAGCAGGAGAUUACCAGGUAUCAGUAUUAUUUGCAAUUAAAGAAAGAUGUUUUGGAGGGUAACAUUCCUUGCACGCUGGAACAAGCAAUACAUCUGGCUGGUUUAGCUGUCCAGGCUGAUUUUGGAGACUAUGAUCAGUAUGAAUCUCAGGACUUUCUACAGAGAUUUGCUUUGUUUCCAGGGGGCUGGCUACAGGAAGAAAAAAUAUUGGAAGAAGCAACACAGAAAGUUGCCUUGCUACAUCAGAAGUACAGAGGCCUUACUCCUCCGGAUGCUGAAAUGUUAUAUAUGCAAGAAGUGGAGAGAAUGGAGGGCUAUGGUGAAGAGACCUAUCCUGCAAAGGAUAGCCAAGGAAGUGAUAUAUUCAUUGGAGCAUGUCUUGAUGGUAUCUUUGUGAAACACAAAAAUGGUCGUCCUCCUGUUGUGUUUAGAUGGCAUGAUAUUGCCAACAUGUCUCACAAUAAAUCCUUCUUUGCGUUGGAGCUGGCGAACAAAGAAGAGACAAUCCAAUUCCAAACUGAAGACAUGGAAACAGCAAAAUAUGUGUGGAGGAUGUGCGUGGCUAGACACAAAUUUUACAGACUAAAUAAAUGCAGCCUGCAAACACAACCUGUUACAGUGAAUCCUGUCAGAAGGCGGUCUUCAUCCAGGAUGUCUAUGCCCAAACCUCAGCCUUAUAUGAUGCCUCCACCACCUCAGCUGCAUUACAAUGGUCAUUAUACUGAACCCUAUGCAUCCUCCCAAGAUAACCUCUUUGUGAACAAUCAGAAUGGAUACUACUGUCAUUCUCAGACUAGCUUGGAUAGAGCCCCUCAUGACUACAGUGGUCGGAUCCGCAAUGGUAGUGUCUAUAGCGCACACAGCACAAACUCCCUGAACAAUCCACAGCAUUAUUUGCAGCCGUCCCCCAUGUCCUCUAACCCAAGCAUUACUGGAAGUGAUGUCCUCAGAACUGAUUAUGUCCCAUCCCAUAGACAUAGUGCACUAAUACCACCUUCAUAUCGCCCGACGCCAGACUAUGAAACCGUCAUGAGACAGCUCAACAGGGGAAUGGUGCACACAGACAGGCAGAGUCAUUCAAUGAGAAAUCUCAAUAUCAGCAAUUCGUAUGCUUACAGCAGGCCUGAUGCCUUAGUUUACAGCCAGCCUGAAAUACGUGAACAUGCUCACUUGGCUUCCCCGCAAUCUAACCAUUACCCCUUUAACCUGAACUACAGCUUUCACAGCCAAUCCCCCUACCCAUAUCCUGCUGAAAAGCGCCCCGUUGUUGGGGCGGUCAGUGUGCCUGAGUUGACAAAUGUGCAGCUCCAGGCUCAGGACUAUCCAGCACCUAAUAUAAUGAAAACUCAAGUCUAUCGACCACCUCCCCCAUAUCCAUACCCAAGACCUGCAAAUAGUACUCCAGACCUUUCCCGACACAUCUACAUUAGCAGCAGCAAUCCAGAUCUUAUCACGAGGCGAGUGCACCAUUCUGUCCAGACGUUUCAGGAAGACAGCCUGCCAGUGGCUCAUUCUCUUCAGGAAGUCAGUGAACCUCUAACAUCAGCACGCCAUGCUCAGCUGCAGAAGAGGAACAGCAUUGAAAUAGCAGGCCUAACACCCAGCUUCGAAGGAAUAAGAAUUAAAGAAAGGACCAUGUCAGCUUCUGCAGCAGAUGUGGCUCUUCCAAGAAUUAUCUCGGAAGGAUCACAACCUGCCAUUCUUAUGGAGAGAACAAAGCAAAAAGAAAGUGAGCAGGAAGGAAGUGUGAACUGUGAUCACAAGAAAACCCUUUCAGAUGCCACUAUGCUGAUUCACAGUAGUGAGGAAGAAGAAGAAUUUGAAGAAGAAAGCAAGGCUAGUACAAGUCUUUCUCCUCUCCCUGAAGAUCAAUCCCAACUUUCAUCUGUUAUGGGUGGUUAUUCUCACAAUUCAGUACUGAACUACCCUUACAGCUCUGUUGCUUCACCUGCUGGCCCUUUACAUAUUCUUGAGCCUAAAUUACAUAUUACAGAGACGGAAAAAAGAAUGAAAGAUUUGAACCCUGUUCAUUUACUAGUAGAAAGCCAGGUACAGAGAAGAGGAGAAGGACUGCUUACUCCAUCAAUGUCAGAAUCUGAUCUUACAACAUCAGGGAGAUACAGAGUAAGGAAAGAUUCAAUAAAGAAGAGACCUGUGUCUGAUCUUUUGUCUGGGAAGAAGAAUAUUGUGGAAGGCCUUCCCCCGCUAGGUGGUAUGAAAAAGAGUAAAAAUGAUGCCAAAAAAAUAGGGCCUCUGAAGCUAGCUGCCCUAAAUGGACUAGCUUUGACCAGAAUGCCUCUGCCAGAUGAGGGAAAGGAAGAAUCAACAAGAGCAACAAAUGACGAACGGUGUAAAGUCCUGGAGCAGCGGUUAGAGCAGGGGAUGGUGUUCACUGAAUAUGAGCGUGUUCAGAAGAAGAGACUUCGGGAUGGUGAGUGCUCAAUAGCCAGGCUUCCUGAAAACGCUGAGAGAAACCGCUUCCAGGAUGUCCUUCCUUAUGAUGAUACCAGAGUAGAGCUAGUCCCCACCAAAGAAAAUAACACGGGUUACAUCAACGCGUCUCAUAUCAAGAUCUCUGUUGGUGGCAUAGAGUGGGAUUAUAUUGCUGCGCAGGGCCCUUUGCAGAAUACAUGUCAGGAUUUCUGGCAGAUGAUCUGGGAACAAGGCAUUGCCAUUAUAGCUAUGGUGACAGCAGAGGAGGAAAGUGGGCGAGAAAAAAGCUUCAGAUACUGGCCACGCCUUGGUUCAAGACACAACACUGUAACAUAUGGGAGGUUUAAGAUCACCACACGAUUCCGUACUGACUCAGGCUGCUAUGCAACUACGGGUUUGAAGAUUAAACAUCUUCUCACAGGACAGGAGAGAACAGUUUGGCAUCUGCAGUAUACUGACUGGCCAGAACAUGGCUGUCCAGAGGAUUUAAAGGGAUUUCUCUCAUACUUGGAAGAGAUACAGUCAGUGCGGCGCCAUACCAACAGUACUGCGGAUCCUAAGAACUCAAAUCCUCCUCUCCUGGUACAUUGCAGUGCAGGUGUAGGAAGAACUGGAGUGGUCAUCCUUUCAGAGAUCAUGAUCGCCUGCUUGGAACACAACGAGAUGCUGGACAUCCCACGAGUGCUAGACAUGUUGAGGCAGCAGAGAAUGAUGAUGGUGCAGACACUUUCACAGUACACUUUUGUCUAUGGAGUUCUCAUUCAGUUUCUCAAAAGUUCUAGACUUAUAUAAUCCCUGCCACUUCCUGAGGAACACUGCAAGAGAUUACAGGAAUAAGAUAACAGUUGUCCAGGCAGACCUGCUCUCGCUGGUGUUUUCCUCAUCUGAUGAAGUAACUGUUUAGGGCUGGUAUGUGACUGUUCAGUGUGAGUCAACGUAACAGUCCCUGCAGAGCAGGAUCUUCGUUGGACUUCAUUUUUCCCACGUUCAGCUGCAGUCAUAUUAAGGAAUGAUUUUACUUGUACUGGUCUGUAGUACUUACAUAUGCUCUUUAGAGUGGUGUUACUAUGAGCAAAGUAAGUAUCUUGUGGAAUGGAAGUGCUUGGCGCAGUUUCACUAACGUGGUGGAUUUUAGCAUAAUGCUUAACUGUGCAAAAGCUAAGAUCUGUGCACAUGGGGGGAGAAACCUACCCCUUGUGAAUGUCGAGGUCUUAUGCAGUUUAAUUUUGCUUUCAAUUUUAUAUUUAGAACAAUGUAUCUGUAAUUUUUAAAAAUAACUUUUGGGUUCCUCUGGUAUACUAAGCAAAACUUGCAGCUCUUAAGUAUUUUAAGCUGCUGCUUUAAGGACAGUUAACUUUUAUAUUCAGCAUUUUUAAACGUAAAACAAAAAAACCCCAAGAAAACACACAACCAAAAAACUUUUUUGAACUCUAUAAUAUUUUCAGGGGAGAAGUGACAAUGUUUGAUCUAACUUUUCAAAAGCAAUGCAGAAAACACUAGGAGAAGCUAUUGAUAUAGUGCUGUGUAAUAAAACUGACUAGUGAAAAACGUUAGCUGUCAAUAACUUCCAUCUGAGCGGAGGAUGUUAAGCUGCAACAAUAUCCAAAUUAUUUACAAGGCUAUUGGAAGCAGAUGGAUGAGCAAAAUUACAUAUUCAGUAUUAUUCAUGCUUAGAGAGCAGUUUGAUUUUACUGGCUGAAAUCAAAGCGUUCACAAAGGUUUAAGCACUUUUCUUGCGCUAUCAUUUAUGUAGUUAAAUGUAGAAGCUGUAUUCAUGCAUUUUUUCAUAUGGUAUUUUAGGAAGAGCCUUUUAAGUCGAUGAAAUGGGAGAACCAAAAUAGGAGUAAGAAGGUGCAUAUUGGCCAAGUGGAAGGGAUUGUAUGAAGCAUAAAGGAGAAGGAGAUGUGGCAGCUAUGAUUGCUGGUUGAUACAGUGCAAAGGUGACUUGUAAAAAUGUUUAUGUGCUCAGUUAGGAAACCCUUCAAAGCACUGGAAGUUUCUGUGGAAUCCUCUAGAUUACCUUGGCAUUACUAGAAGAGAUGUUGCUAAUGCUGUGCAGUGUGGCAAUGAAGGAUAUUCGUGGAAGUUGGUUGAGAAGACCUGCAGAACCUAAGUGCUUUUAGAGGUAAUGUUGGAGAUGGGUAUUUUAGUAGCUGUGUAGUGGCUGAACCGAUGGACCUGAAGAUAAGUCAUGCCUUUGGUAAAUUCCAUUUUGUCCCAUGGGUCUGAUCUAAUAAGAAUAUCCCUAAAUAAUCCUUAGUCUGUGGUUUUCAAAUGGAGACAGUGUGGAAUUACCUGCCUUUUCAAGUGUUUUGAGAUACUGGGUUGAAAGUGGCUAUUCAAAAGUCAGCUAUUAGUUUGUAGGUAUCUGGUUUAAUUUAAAAACAUGUCUGUGGGUAGAACAGUCUGUGAGCAUGUUUAACUGUCCAUUUCCCUUGAUACCUGCUUAGCAAAAUGAAAUGAGAGAAAGUAGUUUUGGUUUUCUUUUUUUUUAACCACUGGUGAAAUUAUUUCUCUGAGCUGUUACAAGGAUUUGGAAGCUAUUAUGAAUAAUUAACCCCCCCUGAAAACACUUCAACUUCACACUGUAUGAACCCGGUGCAUUUUUUCUGCUUUCAGGCAGUCUGAAUUGUUCUACUUUUAUCUGCCAAAUGUGAAACUGGAAGUCUAGAGGAUACCAGUUACUGAAGACUUUAUAUAAAAAUCUUGCAAACAACCCAAUUUGACAUUAUCUUUGUUAACAGAAGUACUGAAACAAAUGUACUUAGCUGCUUGUAUCAUGCUGUGUUUUCAAAACAUUACUUUUUUUGGUCACAGUUCACUUCUAUCUUCAGAAAUAGGAGCAGUUAAAACAAGCAAGUUAAUCCAAAUUCAAAGGAUUAUCUGAGGAAAUGUGUAUCCUUUGAUGUUCUGUUUUGGUUUACUGAAAGUUGUGUGGUUUAGAGGCAGUUGCUCUAUAAUCUGGUAGUCACAGUCUUGAUUUUUUUUUUAAGCAUAACACUGCUACCUCCUCUACUUCAGCUUUCAGUUCUGUCCAUCAGUGUCCAUAUUUGCAUUAAUAGGUUGGAACUCGAUAGACUAGAAGUUAUGUGAGUUUUCCUACUGAAGAGAGCAGGGUUGCUUUGUAUGUAAGCAAGUGACUUCUAGUGAGCAUUGAAAAUAAGCAGUUUCUGUUCUAAACGAUACCAAAUGAAAAUGAACUACAUAACCUCCUGUGAAAAAAAUUAGCUUUGCAACCAUUGCUUAGAUAUUCCAUAAAGUUUUGAAGGAGAAUUCAGUUUUUAGCACUUUGUUCUGAGCCUUGAAAAGGGAUGCUUUUUACAUGUAGCUGCACUGAGUGCUUCAUGGUGUGUUGGGCAUCUUAAGAAUAUCCACUGUCCAAAUCCAGUAAUAGUGUUAGUCAGAGGUGAAUUUAUUUGUCAAAAGCUUAAAAUUCCACUGUAGGCCUAUUUUGCCAAAUGUGCUUCUGUUUUUAUGGGGAUGAAACCAGAUGAUUAAGCAAGAUUUGAGCUGACUUUCUUUUAGAAAAGGUGUAUGAAGACAUUCUUGCAGUAAAUGGCAAAGAAUGUAUUAAUCUGUAGGUGUGUCAGAGCUCUCAGGGAUAAAUAAAGGUGCUAUAUACUGCCAAGAGACAGAUUUGACUGUCUUUGGUGGGCUAGGUGGAAAAUGCUUGUAAGAAUUGGAUUCUGUAAAGAGUUGGGAGAAGAACUCACAAAUUGUAUUAAGGGCUUCUACACAUUUGAUUUCUUUCUUGAUUUGAGAGAGAUUUGGGCCAGUGAAUCUUUGCAGACUUGGGCUAGCAGCUCUUCUCUAAGAAUGGAAGUCAAAGCCCUACUGAUUGCAAAGAUGUCACUGACUUAGCAGGCUUAUCUGUAGGCUUCAAAUUCCUCACUCUGUUCUGUAAGGAAGAUGCUACACAGGGGAGUUUUAUGUAGCACUUCAGGAGCCUGCUCAUCAGUGCUUUCCUACUGUCCCCCAUGAAGAGCAGAAAAGAUUUUAUGCCUCAGUGUCACUGUCACUGUGACACCUUUUGCACAAGUGAACAGUAAAAGCUAUGUAGGGUGCCAUGGUUUGUAUCUAGAAUACAUUUAAUUUAAAGCAGAUAAGCAAAGCAGAGGUCCUGUAAUUUCUGGAUUAAAAGCUGCUCUAAGUGACCAUCAACAUUUAGGGGAAAAAAAAAUAAAGUAAUAACAAAAAAAGAGUAAAAUAUAUGUACUAAAAUGGAAAAAAAAUCUUGGCAUUUUGAGACAUUUUGGCUGCUUUGAUAAUCCUGUGUAUCUUCUUUGGAAAUGGAUGGCAUUGGAGACAAUGUUCUCAAAAAACACCUCCUUAAAUGUAAUGAGUAGGACUGUAUGAGGCAGCUGCUACGUUAUUCUGGUUGGAGCAGCUAUAAAAUUUGAGUUGCCUAUAGAUUUCAGUGGCCUCUGGAACAAACUUGGGAACUGCAGGGUUGUUUAUCAUACAGGCUAGCUAUGUAAUGAGACCUCAGUUUUUAUAUCAGUAACUGAAACCCUGGACUUAAGUAGUGGACUCAUUAUUAUAUUUCAACAGUGAGUUCACAUUCUUAAUUUAAAAGAAGCAACACGUGCUAAGAACUCUGAUAUUUUAGAAUCUCUGGGGGUUUUGAGUUUGGCAUUGUUGUCUUUUCAGUACUGUGAGGCCAUGGUCAUAGUCCAGUCCUGUGAAGCAAAGCCAUAGUCCAGUCCUGCAAGAUGCAAAAUUCCUGCAGUUCUCACUGGUACUGUGUAGGAAUUACAGUGGGCUUACUGCCAGUGAAAGCUCAAGCUUUUAAAGCACGAAUACUCACAUGUCUGCUUUAAACUUAAAUACGAUUACAAGAAUUAACCAAAAGCAUGCAGCAGGAAUGUGCAAACAUGAAGCUACAGCAUCCAAAGGAAAAGUGGCUAAGACAGUUUAGAAGAAAUUGUCCUGUGAAAGUAUGAAAUGUUGGAAGUAAAGAGUGAGGAUUUGAGAAGUGGCUGGAGGCAUUUCAAGGAGGUUUUGGUGUCUUUUGUGUCCACAGUAGAGCUUCUGGAAGGGUUUGAUUCAUACGAUAUGUUUUUCAUGGCACGGUAGGCUAAAUGAAUAUGUAGUCAUAGGAGCUAUUUUUACUGGCUUUUUAACAUGUGAUUUCUUGAAACUUCAGAUAUUUUUUUCUGAGAGGCUCUGUUAUUUUUACAUACCUUAAUUUCCAAACAUAUUCAGUGUAAUCUGUCAGCUCAGCUUCUGUUUACUUCCUAAAGGUCAAAUUUCUCUGGUUUUCCACAUGUAAAACACAGAGGGGAAUAGGCACACAUGCAAUUUAGCAGUGAUAAUUUCUGAGGGAUGCAGGUUAGGUUGAUUGAGAAGUCUGAACACUUUAUGAAUGCAGCCAGGUUGUUUACAGUGGGUGUGAAUUGCACCACGUUAAGGCUGGGAUGAAAAUCAGCCAUUGUAAUGUGGAAUUUAACCUGUGCUUAGAAAUCAUGUCGCAGUGCAGCAUUUACAAUACAGUGAUAUUAAAAUAAUAUAAUACUGUGCUAAGGGAAGGGAAAACAAUCACAAUCUUUUAACAGCUGUUGCAAACAUGUAUGUAAAAAGAAAAAUCAAAAUAUUCAUAGGAAGCUACUGGGGACCAGCUAACUUGGUGCAUUCUGUUGGCAUCAUAUGUUACUUGAAGGCUUAAAAAAAAGGUUUUGUUAACUUCACUGAGCAUUUAAAAAUCCAGUUGCUAAAAGGCCUUUGGUUCUGUUCUUUGCUGUUUUCCACAUGAUGCUGUGUUAAGUGGUAAAGAAUAAGUUCCAGUGUAUUUUUGUUCUUUAGAAGUCUAUUCUUCCUCUCUAAAUAGAGAAUGAAGGUAGAAAGAAAUGCAGAGAUCUAGUGAAUAGAGUUCAAAACAGAUCCAGCAAGUUAGAGGGCAAGUCUGUAGAUACUGUAACUUUAUUUUGGUUCAGAUACAUGGCAAUCAAAAUUACCAAAUUAUUCAUUUUAUGACCACAGUUUCAGAAGGUGCCUAACUUUUAUAAAGGGAAUUUAAAGACUGUUUUUCCAUUUGGAAAUACUUGGGUAAAAUUAGGAGACUUUAAAGACUUUGCCAAUGCCAUUAAUUUUUAAAAUGAUAGGAAACUUGGUGGGGCAAAACUAUGCAGAACCCUCUAGUUUGUCACUUUGCCAGUCCUGGAUAAUUCUGACAGACAAGGUGUAUGCUUCACUGUGAAAUGCCCACCCUGCCUGUUGUCUUUAUGGCUGACCUGGGGGGGAGCUUGGAUGGAAAUUUUAGAGGCUUGACCUAGCAGAUCAGUAAGUAUGUGCGCUCCCAUACAAUGCUGAAAUCUCUUCAUUCACUCAAAGAAAUGGGGUGUUUGAAGUCCUUUCAGCACUGUUGUAGGAUUGAGACCUUAAUGUCAGAGGAAUGCAGCAUCUGGCUCCUUUUUUUUCCAUUUUCAUUUGAUCCAGUAUGCAAGGAUUUCAAUGGGACUUUGUUUAAAGAGUAACAAACAUGAAGUAUUAUUUUCUAGUACUAAGCUAGUGGUUAACACGUCCAUUUUUGCUGUCUUGCAACCAAUACUGUAAAAAUGUAUAAUCAAAACAGCUUUAAUUCUUGUAAAACUGAAAUUGGUUUGUAAAGCAAUGUACAAAUUGUGUUUCAUAGACAGGAAAGCUUGUAUUACUGAAUGUAAUAUAUGUGAAAUGAAUAUAUCAUAGUCUAUUUUUGCCAUGGAAAUAAAUAUUUGAAGCAAC